GUUUGAAGAGAGUGUCACUGGAUCUCAGUUAGGAAAUAUGAACCCCACCACCCACUUUCCCCCACCAUCUCACACUCAAAGUUUCAAAGCACAAUUAUGUCCUCAACAUCAACCCACAUCAAGACCAGAUUCCUCGUAAUCUCCGACACUCACUCCUCCACACUCGCGCAGAAUGCUUCUGACAAUGAUACAUCCUUUCGUCCGCCGCUACCGAGGGCUGACGUUCUCCUCCACUGCGGAGAUUUGACGAUGAUCGGCCAUCUUCACGAGUAUGAAAAAACACUAGAUAUGCUGCAGAGCAUCGAUGCCGACUUGAAGCUGGUAAUUGCAGGCAACCACGACAUCAGCCUCGACGAGGAGUACUAUACCAGGAAGGGAAAGUACAUGCACCGGAAGAACGGACACGACGAAGAGAUGCCACAAAAGGCAAGAGAGAUGUGGAAGGGCGAGCGAGCCAAGAGAGCAGGGGUCACGUAUCUGGAGGAAGGGACGCAUACGUUUGAUCUAAAAAAUGGAUCCAAGCUGCGCGUGUAUGCAUCCCCCUACCAGCCCGUAUUCUGCGACUGGGCCUUCCCCUACAACCGCAACGAAGACCGCUAUAAUCCUCCCGAGCAAUGCACGCCCAAUGCUAUCCCCGUUGCCGAUAAUGCCGUGCCAAGCUUCCCGGACAUCGAUGUGAUGAUGACACACGGCCCCCCGUUGGGGGUCCUCGAUGCGGUGCGGAACGGCGAACGUGUAGGUUGUGUGCAUCUCCUCCGAGCGGCGCGCCGCUGCAAGCCGCGCCUCCAUUGCUUUGGACACAUACACGAAGGCUGGGGUGCGCAAAGAGUACGGUGGAACGGGGAUGACGCGUUGGACGUCAAGAUUGAGGAGCAUAUUGAGGAGGCUAAAGACAUUGAGGUCGACAGGGAGGAAAUGAUCGAACGCAGGGCGGCACAUGUGGAUAUCAGUCAGGGUUCCAAGAUGGCUGUGGAUUUUGGGAAAGAAACACUAAUGGUCAAUGCGAGUAUCAUGACCGUCAGCUACAAGCCUUGGAAUGGGCCGUGGCUCGUCGACGUGGAUCUGGAGAAAUCGAAAUGAUGUCGUAUCAGCAAUGGAUAUUACAUCAUUGCGGCGCGCUCCUAAGAUACAGGCAAUCCUUCUGCUCCACGAGCCACAGGUCAUUGGCAUAUGACCGAUACAUCGUCAUCGGCGCGGUGAGAUGCAAUGCAGGAGGCCCUGGUAUGAAACACGUUCACAACCUCUCACUCGCUCCACGAGGUCUUCACUAGCAAUCAAAGUGUCCGGGAGGUUUAGAAG